CUGAAGUUUUCCUCCCGUGUAAAUGGGAGCUUUCUUGAAAUUUGGAGCACAGAGAGGAUCCUAAUUUCUUUAAAACUUUGUUUUCAGGUUUUCCCCAAGAACCACUUACUUCCAGAGGAUCCGUGGAAUCUGAUUUGAAGACUGGCCAUGUCAUCUCGCAAUCAGAGUUGGAUUUCCGGUCUGGAGGAUAAUGGUAGGGAGGAGCUGCGCAGAAGGCUUCUGCGUAUUGAUUCAAACCUUGGAGACCUAGAGGUGCAAAAAUUGAAAUUUCUCUGCCGAGACUUAAUCCCCAACGGGAAGCUGGAGGCCAGCUCGGCCUUAGAUAUUUUUGACCAUCUCAUCAACGAGGAGCUGCUGAGUGAGGAAGACACCUUCCUCCUGGCGGAACUCCUCUACAUCAUGAAGCAGAACUCGCUGCUGAGGCACCUCGGCUACACCAAAGAGCAAGUGAAAGGUCUGCUGCUCACCCGGAAGCAGGUCUCCUCGUUCAGAAACCUGCUCUAUGAACUGUCAGAAGACAUCGACUCAGAGAACUUGAAGGGCAUGAUCUUCAUGAUGAAGGAUUUCUUGCCGAAAGUCGAGAUGCUGACCUCUCUAAGUUUCCUGGAACAUCUGGAGAAACAAGCUAAAAUAGAUGCAGAUGAUGUGACCUUACUGGAGAAUCUCUGCAACACUGUUGCGCCUCAUCUUAUGAGAACGAUAGAAAAAUAUAAAAGAGAGAAGAAAGAAGCUGAGCAAAAGGAGAAAGAACUACUUUCUGCUUCAGACAUUAAUCAAAUCCGUCAAGCCUUACCAGAAACUUCAUCGGAGGAAACUGUGUACAGGAUGGAUCGUAAACAUAGAGGCUACUGUGUUGUUAUCAACAACCAGAACUUUACCUCACUGUCAAAAAGACAAGGGACUGAUAAAGACGCUGAGUGCCUGAAGCAUGUGUUCCAGUGGCUUGGGUUCAAUGUAGAUAUGCGGGUUGAUGUAACUAAAAAAUGCCUGGAUGAAGUUCUGCAAGAAUAUAAGAGUCAUCCAGACCAUGCCAACGGAGACUGCUUUGUGUUCUGUGUUCUGUCCCACGGGCAAUUUGGAGCUGUCUACUCUUCAGACGAGGCCCUCAUUCCCAUCCGGGAGAUCACGUCUCACUUCACGGCCCGGCAGUGCCCUGGUCUGGCUAAUAAGCCCAAACUCUUUUUCAUCCAGGCCUGUCAAGGAGAAGAGAUACAACCUUCUGUGUCCGUUGAAGCAGAUGCUGUAAAGCCCGAAUCAGGAAAGUCUUCCCGUCAGGCCAAUAUUCCUGAGGAAGUAGAUUUCCUUCUUGGCCUGGCCACGGUCCCCGGCUACGUAUCUUUUCGUCACAAGACAGAAGGGAGCUGGUAUAUUCAAUCUCUGUAUAACUAUUUGAAGAAAUUGGUCCCAAGACAUGAAGAUAUCUUAUCCAUCCUCACUGCUGUCAAUAAUGAUGUCAGUCAACGAGGUGAAACAGAGAAACAGAUCCCUCAACCUUCUUACACACUACGUAAAAAAGUCAUAUUCCCUGUGCCCCUGCAAGAACUUCCAGAGAGAGUUUCCACUGACUCUUAG